CCCGCGCCCCCCGCCGCGCGACAAAGGCCGGCCCGGGAGGCGGGGGCGGGGCGGGGCGGCGGCGGCGGGGGGAGCGGAGGCAGCGCCCGCCCGCGCCGUCCUUUGUGUGGCGGCGGCGGCGGCGCCUGGGCCCGCCCGCCCUCCGGGGCCCGGCUCCGCGCCGCGCUCCGCCCCGCCCGGCCUCCCGGCAAGAUGGCAACCCCGGCGGCGGUCAACCCUCCGGAAAUGGCUUCUGACAUCCCUGGAUCGGUGACAUUGCCUGUGGCCCCCAUGGCGGCCACCGGACCCGUGAGGAUGGCCGGGGCCAUGCCCGCCCGUGGAGGAAAGCGGCGUUCUGGGAUGGACUUUGACGACGAAGAUGGAGAAGGACCUAGCAAAUUUUCAAGAGAGAACCACAGCGAGAUCGAGAGGCGGCGGCGGAACAAGAUGACGCAGUACAUCACGGAGCUGUCGGACAUGGUGCCCACGUGCAGCGCGCUGGCCCGCAAGCCGGACAAGCUCACCAUCCUCCGCAUGGCCGUGUCGCACAUGAAGUCCAUGAGGGGCACCGGCAACAAGUCCACGGACGGCGCCUACAAGCCCUCCUUCCUGACGGAGCAGGAACUGAAGCACCUCAUCCUCGAAGCAGCAGAUGGCUUUCUAUUCGUGGUGGCGGCAGAGACCGGACGCGUGAUUUAUGUGUCUGACUCUGUCACCCCUGUGCUGAACCAGCCCCAGUCAGAGUGGUUUGGGAGCACCCUGUAUGAACAGGUGCAUCCUGACGACGUGGAGAAGCUCAGAGAGCAGCUGUGCACCUCAGAAAACUCCAUGACAGGCCGGAUCCUGGACCUGAAGACGGGGACGGUCAAGAAGGAGGGGCAGCAGUCUUCCAUGAGGAUGUGCAUGGGCUCGCGGAGGUCCUUCAUCUGCAGGAUGAGGUGUGGAAACGCUCCUCUGGACCACCUCCCUCUGAACAGAAUCACCACCAUGAGAAAAAGGUUCAGGAACGGCCUUGGUCCCGUGAAAGAAGGGGAGGCCCAGUACGCUGUGGUCCACUGCACGGGGUACAUCAAGGCGUGGCCUCCGGCAGGAAUGACUAUCCCCGAGGAGGACGCUGAGGUGGGGCAGGGCAGCAAGUACUGCCUCGUGGCCAUCGGAAGACUCCAGGUGACCAGCUCUCCCGUGUGCAUGGACAUGACUGGGAUGUCAGUGCCCACGGAGUUCUUAUCUCGGCAUAACUCCGACGGGAUCAUCACGUUCGUGGACCCGAGAUGCAUCAGCGUAAUCGGCUACCAACCCCAGGAUCUUCUAGGGAAGGACAUUCUGGAAUUCUGCCACUCCGAGGACCAGAGCCACCUGCGCGAGAGCUUUCAGCAGGUGGUGAAGCUCAAGGGCCAGGUGCUGUCGGUCAUGUACCGGCUGCGCACCAAGACGCGCGAGUGGAUGCUGAUUCGCACCAGCAGCUUCACGUUCCAGAACCCCUACUCCGACGAGAUGGAGUACGUCAUCUGCACCAACACCAACGUCAAGCAGCUCCAGCAGCAGCAAGCGGAGUUGGAAGUGCACCAGCGGGACGGGCUGUCGUCCUACGACUUAUCGCAGGUUCCCGUCCCCAACCUGCCGGCUGGCGUUCAUGAAGCCGGGAAGUCUGUGGAAAAGGCGGAUGCCAUCUUCUCCCAGGAAAGGGACCCCCGGUUCGCUGAGAUGUUUGCGGGGAUCGGUGCAUCGGACAAGAAGAUGAUGAGCUCAGCGCCUGCGGCCGGGACACAGCAGAUCUACUCCCAGGGCAGCCCGUUCCCCCCGGGGCACUCUGGGAAGGCCUUCAGCUCUAACGUGGUCCAUGUGCCUGGCGUGAAUGACAUCCAGUCCUCCUCGUCAACCGGCCAGAACAUGUCCCAGAUCUCCCGGCAGCUGAACCAGAGUCAGGUGGCCUGGACAGGGAGCCGGCCACCCUUUCCCGGACAGCAAAUCCCUUCGCAGUCCGGCAAGACUCAGUCAUCUCCCUUUGGGAUCGGCACGAGCCACACCUACCCGGCGGACCCGUCCUCCUACAGCCCCCUCUCCAGCCCAGCUACCUCCUCACCCAGCGGGAACGCCUACUCCAGUCUCGCCAACCGGACGCCAGGGUUCGCCGAGAGUGGACAGAGUAGCGGGCAGUUCCAAGGGCGGCCGUCGGAAGUCUGGUCGCAGUGGCAAAGCCAGCACCACGGCCAGCAGAGCGGCGAUCAGCACCCGCACCAGCAGCCCGGCCAGACCGAAGUGUUCCAGGUAAAUCCAGCCAGCACAGCCUUCUCGUAGGACAUGCUGCCCAUGCCCGGAGAUCCGACCCAGGGGACCGGCAACUAUAACAUCGAAGACUUCGCGGACCUGGGCAUGUUCCCGCCGUUUUCUGAGUAGCGGCAGGCAGAGUGCGGCCGGCGCUGGGCAGAGCCCCACGCGCGAUGCCGGCCCCCCCCAUGUUGGCGGGGCCCCCCCACACCCUGCUUGCCCCGCCGCGGGACCCCCCAGCAGAAGGCAUCUCACCCCCCCACCACCCCCGGCACAGCACCGCUCAGGCCACGGCCAGGGGUGCCCAGCCACCCGCCGGGAGCCCCGGUAGACAUGGGGGGGCGGGCGUUGUAUUUAUUGUACUUUUUCUGUGUAUGUUUGGGAGGUGAGUCUGCUGGGCCCUCGAGGUCUGGUUGUGAAUAAUGUCGUAGUCGCCCGUGUUCACCUGGAAGACGUCCAGUCACAGUCCCGAGUGCCCAGGCCUGCCUGGGACAUGGGUUUCUUCUUGCCUUCGACGUCUGUGGACAGGUGGGGCUCGGGCGCUGGAAGGGGGGUGAGCAGGACGCGUGGCCUUUGUCGUCCGAGCUAGGACCCAGAGGAGGCCCCCACACCCCGUCCCCGGCUCAGCCAAGUCUGUGUGUGCCUCUGUCCGUCCGUCCCUCGUGCUGUGGGGUGUGUGUGCUCUGUGCAGUGUGACGUGAAUCCCUGUCCCAGUGUGUGUGCCGUGCCCCAUGUGUGUCGUGUGGCCAGAGUAAGCCGCCAGGAUCCAGGGCUGUCGGGCCGGGCAGAGCAGGCUGGCAUUUCAGUGUCCCCCAAGCCCUGGCUGGGAACGAGCUUGUUUCAAUGGGUCCCCUCCCGCAUCCAGGCGCCCCUCUGAGAGGAUGCGGCCACCUCCUCUUCCAGGAGGCCCCCGAGGGAGUGCGGGCCCUUCCCGCUUACCCGUGGGUGUCCCCCACCCGGCUCCCAGCCCACGCCUGCGAGGGCCCACCUUGAGGUCACAGAGCCCGAGGGAAAGCAGGAUGUCCAAGCCUCCCCGUCCUUCUGUGCCUCCUCCCCCAGCACCCGCCGUGGCAGCCACAGCACUCUCGGUGACCCUGGACAGGGGCAGGCGCGGACCCCUGUGCAGAGACAGGCUCUUAGAAACACCUCCCACCAGCGCCUCGUGGGGGCCGAGUGAGGGUCUGUGAGGCACAAGGCCGGGCUUCGCAGUGUGAUUCUGAUACAUGCUCCCCGGGGCCUUGCAUUGCCCAGGGGGGUCUCAUGACGGGAGGAAGAGUGACUCUAGAAGCUUCUGCCCGGCUGAGCCCAUGGUCGCUGGCUUGCUGUGUUUCCCUGUCUCCGUGACCUCGCGUUCCCGUGCGCCAUGCACUGAGGCGGGCUCCCAGCCUCUUGCUUCUGACUUUCCUGACAGCCGCGCGUCUGUUCGUCCCCCUCCUCCGGGGGCUCGCGGACUCCCGUGCGGGGCGGAAGCCACGCUCGCCCCGGGCAGGUGGGGGUGUCCUCCCAGGAAGUCCCCGGAUCCCUCCCAGGGCCUCCAGGCAGAACUUCUCAGGCACUGGCUCAGAAAUACCCCACCCCGGGAUUUCGGAGGGAUUUUGGAAGACCCCGCGGAGUGCGGGGGCUUCUGAGCUGCCUGAGGGCAGAGUGAGCCCAGCCUGCGGGAAGGAGCGGGGUGGGGGGUUGCACGAGCCUCUGCUUUGCUGUGCGUUAAGCGCCAGCCCCGUGGGAGUCCAGAGGGGAUCGCUGUGCCCUGUCUCGCUGGGGGCUACACCGGCAGAAGUCCAGCAUUGUGCGGUGGUCAGCGGUGGCCAGGAGUCAGCUGUGGGUGCUCCCGGCUCCAAGACAGAGUCCACGCGGGCUGAACCGUUCCCAGAGCGGCUCUUAGUCCUGGGACUUGGGUGGAGCCAACCCCAUGCACCGCAACAGUGCCAGAGCCAGAGAGGGAUUCCCCCGUGUGGGCCCUGCCCUUGGGGUCCCCUCCGCCCCCCGCAGCCUGAGCCAACCCCAAGGAGGGGCACGAUCAUUUCCAAGAAAGGUACAGAAAUCACUUUCAGAUCAGAGAAUAAUCUGAUUCAUGGUUUCUCCAUGAAACGGAAACAGACUUUCUGUGGCCUUUCACCUGUGAGUUUGGAAGUUUUGGGCUUUCGUGUUCGUUUUUUUGUUUCCCGGAGAGAACUGGGGGUUUCCUGAGAGGUGCCCCUCAGCCUGACGCUGUGACCCGGGGCUGUGCUGGACACCAGGGGGGUGUGGGAGGGCCGGGAGAGCCUGGUCCCCAACAGCCCUGCGACCACUUCUGUCUGUCCCUGAAGGCUCCAUCUUGGAAGGUGGGGACCGCCGGUGACCGUAGGCCGGGCGUGAUGGGAAUGUCGUGACUGGGCGGCCGGGCUCCUGGCCUCCCAGCCCCAUCCCAGGAGCGCCCACAGGGAAGCCGAUGGCAGUCCGACCGGCUGGUGUGAACGCUCUGGCCUCUCCACUCCCCACCCCGCUCCUUGCUUGUGAUUCCUGGAAGCCAUCCCGUGGCCAGUACAAAAACAGGACUGGAAGGAUCUCUGACCCAAGAGAUGUCACCUCGAGGAAUCUUGUGACACACCAGAAGAAGAGUUCAAGCUGCUGAGGGUCUCAUCCCGGUUUGGAGGAGAGAGCCCCGUGCCAGGCCAGGGCAGCCAAGAGGGGACCGUGCGUGGACCCAGCUGUUGGCGCGUCCUCCAGCCAGGCCCAGCCCAGACUCCUGUCCCGCCGGAGGCGCAGCCCAGCUGGGCCAGGACUCCCUCCCUCACUCCUGCCUGCUCUCCUUGAGCCCGGAGGGUGGGCCUCCCACAGAACAGGCCGGGGCUGCAGCGGCCUGGGCCCUGGGCGAGGACACGAAGCAGCCAUUUUGAGGCUCACCCAAGACUUGGCUAGUGAUGGUGGCCAUGGGCAAGGAGGUUCUAGAACAUUCUACCUAGAUGUCCCUCCCACGAGUUUUGUCUUUAGCUGCGGUUUCAGGGAGUGACAGCACCAUCACAAGCAGCCGCAUUCUCCUCGGCGUCCCGAGACAUGCAAUGCACCCCUACGCUGUUUCACGCGCCCGUUACAGAGUGGGAGCUGCUGAGAGUUGAGGGAACUUCCUUCGGGGGCUCGGACCUCUCGGCCAGUGAAGAGACCAUGUCUCCCCCAGAUUAGCCACAUGUGACCGGGACCUCCCAUACAUGUCCGCUAGCCUUCACCAAGGGACGGGACAACCCCGGGGAACUGAGCCGUGAUCUCGGCCUCGUACGCCCGCCCCUGGGAGCCUCCGAGCUCUGCCCGGCCCACGGGCUCCCUGCCAGUAUGGCCUGUCAUGGAGCCAGACCGACCAAAGUGUUGGUGCGUCACGAGUCAGGGCACAAGUGGGCUUGGCUGUUCCUUGUCGGGGGUCCCUUCCCCCUCCCCCCACCAGCUCCUCGCGGGGUGUGCUGAGGGGCCCCUCCACCUUUCCCUUGGCUGCCCGGGCCCAACCCAACUAGAGAGGCACCCCGCCGGGCUGCAGGCCACUGUUCACCUAGAGAUGUGCCUGGAUCUGGUGGCCAAAGCUGGUGUUGUGGUCCAGCAGCCCCCCAAAGCCUGCGUGGGGCCACCCACUGGGGAGGGGCCAGGCUGGCCGGAUGUGGGGCGACUGGCUCCCCGGGACAGCCUUGUUCUUCGGCGAGGACGGGCUUCGUGGACUCUGUAAGCACGCCAUCAUCUCCCUUGUAGCCUUUCUUCGUAUGGCUGUGAGCUGUGCUGUGGAUACAUCCUCCUGUGUAUUUCUGGAAUGUUCUCUCGGACUAACGGUUAUUGAGUUGGUUGUGUAUAUGUGUAACUAAUGUAACUGCCUUUUCAGAUUUCAUCACAAUAAAGAUGACUUGGCUCUGAACAGUGAA